CAUGAACAUGAAGUCUCUGACUGGAAUGCAAAAUCCUGGGAGCGAUUCAGAUGGAGCCGAGCAGGAUCCCGACCAGAGGAUCGUGCUUCCAAACAAGCUCGUCUCAGCCGAUUGCCCCAGCAGGAAAGAUCAAGCAUGGUCUAUCACCACUCAGAUCCCAACAGACUUGACAAUUCAAGUUCAAGAGAUCACCUUCAAUGUUCACAAGUACACAUUGAUCUCGAAAUGUGGCUACGUAGGCCGAAUGGAACUUCAACCUUCAAUCUCAACCCGGGGUUACAACCUAAAGCUUGAAGACUUCCCGGGCGGAUCAGAAACAUUCGAAGUGAUCCUCAAAUACUGUUAUGGUUUCCCAGUUGACCUGAACUCAAUCAACGUAGCCCCAUUAAGAUGUGCAUCAGAGUUUUUGGAGAUGACGGAGGAAUUUGAAGAUGGAAACCUCAUCUCUAAGACAGAGUCCUUCCUCACAUUUGUAGUCCUUCUGUCAUUGAAAGAAUCAUUGACUGUUCUCAAAACUUGUCAGAGUCUCUCUCCAUGGGCUGAAAAUCUUCAAAUUGUGAGACGAUGCUGUGACUCGAUAGCCAGGAAACUCUCUAGAGAGAACAUAAUAGGAGAAACAGUCAGAGAAGAUGGGUGGUGGUUUAAUGAUUUAACCAUGCUUCGCAUAGACUAUUUCACAAGAAUCAUAACUGCAAUAAGAGCAAAAGGGGUAAAGCCAGAGAUUAUAGGUCAGAGCAUUGAGCACUAUGCAAGGAAGUGGUUGCCAGGCAUUGAAAUGGAACCAGGACUCAGAGAUUAUACACAGGAAAAAAAUGACCUGCAGAUAAGUAUUUUGAGUGGUAGGAAAGAUGAAAUGGGAAUUGGAUUCAAGGAACAUAAAGAAAUUAUUGAAAGCCUACUAAGCAUACUUCCACCUCAACGAGAAGCCGUUUCGUGCAAGUUUUUGUUGCAGAUGCUAAAGAUGGCUAGGGCGUAUUCUGCAUCAGCAGCUUUAAUUUCAGAGCUAGAGAAAAGAAUAGGGAUGGUGUUGGAGGAUGCCAAUGUGAUUGAUCUUCUAAUUCCUGGUUAUACAAAGAAUGGCCAAGGAAAAUUGCCAAAUACACAAGAAGAAUGCACUAUGCAUGACAUAGAAGUAGUGCAAAGGAUCCUAGAAUAUUACUCACUGUUUGAACAGCAACAGCAGCAACAGAGAAUUGGGAACUCUAAUGUAUGUAAACUCAUAGACAAUUACCUAGCUGAACUUGCUAGAGAUCCAAAUCUCUCUAUCACCAAGUUUCAAACUUUAGCCAACUCAAUGUCAGAAAAUGCAAGGCAUUGCCAUGAUGGACUAUACAGAGCCAUUGACACCUACCUCAAGACUCAUCCUUUACUAUCUGAGCAUGAUCGGAGAAAGCUAUGCAAAAUCAUGAACUGCGAGAAACUAUCUCUCGAUGCUUGUGUGCAUGCUGCACAAAAUGAUCGACUGCCUCUAAGAACUGUAGUUCAGGUUUUGUUUUCAGAGCAAGUGAAGAUGAGGUCAGUAAUGCAAGAGAAGGAUAAAGCACCAAGUUGUGAUAACUCGGAUCAAGAAGGUAACCAUUUAUCAACAGACAGAGAGAUUAAAACCCUGAAGGAAGAACUUGAGAAUGUGAAGGCACAGAUGGCAGAGUUGCAGAGUGACUACUCAGAGCUGCAACAAGAGUAUGAAAAACUAAGCAACAAGCAGAAAAAUCUAGCAGGUUGGGGUUUUGGUUGGAAGAAGAUAAAGAAUUCUUUCCACACAAGAGCUGAUGGGGAUGAAACUGCCCAUCAGAGACCCAGUCGGACUAGUUCACGAAUGACCUUAAGACGUAGAUUAUCAAUGACCUGAAGCAUUUAGAUAUCAGAAUCCCCUAAAAGCUAAAUGAUUCACAUUUAGUCUGCUUCACUUCACAAAGAUAAGCCAGAGGCCCGAAGAAGUUGCUAUUCUACUUGUGCAUGAUAGUCUUGUAGCUAUAUAAAGACACAACACUCCAGCUUUCUAAUACGGUUCACCUUGACCUUGCA